GUUCUGCAUCCCAAUCCCACCAGGAUUCUGGAGGCCUACAGGAGCAAAACUCCUCCAAUUUGCUCCUGUUUUUCUUCUUCUUUGUUUUUUUUCAAUUAAAAUUAAAAAUUUUUAAUUAGAGUAGUGAAUUAAAACAUGGCAAUUGGGGAGUGCAGAGAUGUUGAGAGUGGGGAAGGUAAUGAUCUUGGGGAUUUAGAUUUAAACCAGCCCUUGGUGAUUGAGAAAGACAAAAUCUUUGCUCAUGAAGAUGGUGAUCAAGGGAGUGACAAAAGUGGAUCAAUUGGGAUGGUUUUGGUCAGCACAUUUGUUGCUGUUUGUGGCUCUUUUGAAUUUGGAUCGUGUGUGGGAUAUUCAGCACCCACUCAAUCUGGUAUCAGGGAAGAUCUUAAUCUCUCUCUUGCUCAGUUCUCCAUGUUUGGAUCAAUUUUAACAAUUGGUGGAAUGCUGGGUGCUGUAACAAGUGGCCGGACCGCAGAUUUUCUCGGCCGAAAAGGGGCAAUGAGGAUGUCAGCUAGUUUCUGCAUCACAGGAUGGCUAGCAAUCUACUUCUCUAAGGGAGCUUUGUCACUUGAUGUGGGAAGGUUUUUUACUGGAUUUGGAAUUGGCGUUUUCUCUUAUGUGGUACCGAUAUUCAUAGCAGAAAUCGCGCCCAAAAAUCUCCGCGGAGGGCUUACAACGCUAAAUCAGCUCAUGAUUGUAACUGGAUUAUCAGUUUCGUUCGUGAUAGGAACAAUAAUAAGUUGGGAAACACUAGCUCUGACCGGAAUUAUUCCUUGCAUUUUCCUGCUUGUCGGUCUAUGUUUUGUUCCGGAGUCCCCUAGAUGGCUGGCAAAGAUUGGCCGUGAGAAGGAAUUUCAAGUUGCACUGCAGAGACUCCGUGGAAAGGAUGCAGAUAUAUCUGAUGAAAUGGAUGAAAUUCAAGAAUAUAUUGCUACCCAACAAAGUCUUCCAAAAGCCAAAAUGUUGGAUUUGUUUCAGAGAAAAUAUAUUCGAGCUGUGAUUAUUGGGGUUGGAUUAAUGGUAUUUCAACAAUUUGGAGGCAUUAACGGAAUAGGAUUCUAUGCAAGUCAAACCUUCGAAGAAGCUGGAAUUUCAAGCAAAAUCGGAACCAUAGCUUAUGCGUGCGUUCAGGUACCGAUCACCGUAGUGGGAGCAGCGUUAAUUGAUAAGUCAGGAAGAAGGCCUCUUAUAAUGGUUUCUGCAACCGGGACAUUCCUAGGCUGUUUCCUUGCAGGAACUUCUUUCUUUCUGAAGGGAAAUGGAUUGUUGCUCAAUUGGGUACCAAUAAUAGCUGUGUCCGGCGUGCUGAUUUACAUUGCGUCCUUCUCGCUUGGAAUGGGAGCAGUGCCUUGGGUGAUCAUGUCUGAGGUUUUCCCAAUCCAUGUGAAGGGAGCGGCCGGAAGCUUGGUGGUGCUCGUGAACUGGUUGGGAGCAUGGGCAGUUUCCUAUACUUACAACUUUCUUAUGAGCUGGAGUUCCUCAAGAACUUACUACAUUUACGCCGGAUUCUCUUUGUUGACCAUCAUAUUUGUGGCCAAGUUAGUCCCGGAGACCAAGGGCAAAACACUAGAAGAAAUCCAGGCUUGCAUCAAUUCAGAUAAAGGAGGACAAGAUGUUGUUAACCGAUAGCAUUUAGGAGUAGAGUUGUUAGAAAUUUGUAUCUUGUGUUUGGCUCAUAGUGUCUACUCCAUUUCGAUUUUGCAUUCUGCGUCGAAUUCUUUGGCUUUCAGCUCAAAAUGGAAGAGACCUUGUAACAAAAUGCGCUUUUGUGUUAUGCCUGUAUGAUGUCUACUCCAAGUCUUUCUUUUGUUAA